GCCAAACACCACCACUCUGAGGUGCACGGACCCCACUGUGCUGCCACCAUUUUAGGUUUUUAGAAAAUCUAAAACAAGAUAAGAAAAAGAAAAGAGAGGGGACAUUAGGGGUCUUGAGUCUGCUUUUAAGCAUCCGAGACUGACAGUCUGGAUUCAGUGACGGCCGCUGGCUCUGAUGGACAUGUGAUAACUCAACUUUAUUCUCAAAAUUUCAACUUUAAUCUCGUCAUAGUAAAUAAGAUUUUUUUUUCUUCUUGCUUGGCCCUAAUCCUCCGUCACACUUUCUUAUUCUGCGACAAAACGCAAAGUGUUUGGGCUGCUGAACAAACAUGGCGAUGAAAGAUGGCAAGGCCCUUGUCAAAACUGCAAAAAAGGCUUCAUUUAAAGGCCCUGGUAUACUUCCGCACACAUGCCAGAAGUUUGCGUCGCAUAUCGCGGACCCUGCUAUACUCGUGCGCCAGUUUCCUGUAGUAUCUCACUUCAUCAUCGGAUGGCAGCACUGGACGCAGGGAAUAGGACGCAUUCCUACCAAAGAAGAAGAGGAGGUCACCACACAUGCCUGGUUUGAGUGGCUGAAAGGUCGAGGGUCGCCAGGUCAAGGCUCGGAUGACUAUCGUUGGCGACUACUCCUUCUCUUGUUGACAUGUUUUUUUCUGCUUGGUGAGUUUGACUUAAUACUCCACCUACUGGUGGGGCAGAAAGUCCGUUCGCGCAUGCGCUGUCCACCCGCACCCCAAUUUUGGGGGGGUUCCAAAAUCUGCGCUCUGAUGACGCAAAUCACGUCAUGCACACAUGAUGGGCGUUAGGUCGUAAGUAUACCAGGGCCUUAAAGCUAAAAAAAAAAAAAAAAACUUACUUAAAUGUGACACACUGACUCUUUAUCUGAAACAUUAUUAGGCUACAUUUCCCAACAACACUUAAGAGUCACUUAAAGUUCCACAUUAGGUUUUUUUUUGAUCAUAUAAAUCACUGUGAUUGAUGUUUGCUUGUGUUGUUGUGCCAUCAGAGAUCUCACAGCUCUCAGGGCUUAAUAUACUUCCAGUAGAUGCACUAACGCUGCAUUAUGCUCGCAGUGUUUGGAUGAAGCUGUCUUUGCUCACACGAAGUCUUCUGGCGGUGAUGAUGAAGAUGAUGAUGAUGGUGAUGCAGCGUCGCAUCAAGGCGCGGUGCUGAAGGAGUUAAUCCGCUGUAGGAAAGAGGGCGCAGAGCUGCCAUGGAUCCUGCUUCACAGAGAUGCGGCGGUGCCUCCGCGCACAGCUGAGCUGAGCUGACCGCCGCGGAAUCACAGGUAGUCCCGGCGUACUUGUUGAUCACCGGAGGGACAAAGAGCGCAGGCGAUGUGGUGCGGAGCAGCGAUGCGGAGAGGUUUAUUAUAGGCGCUAGAUCACACUGAAGAUUUCUCUGCCAUGUCGGAGGCAGAAGAGGGGGAAAUGGAUUGGCUCAGACCGUGGCAAUAGUAAGCCAAUAACGGCGCCUCCUUUUUUUUUAAAUGCCACUGCUCCAUCUCCGCUUGUGUGAGCGGAUUGAUUGAUCGUUCACAGAGCGCUACGUGCCAGUUUGAUGCGAUGCAGGAUGACAACAACUCACACAGUAAUGAAAGAAAACAGGACCAACUGUAGUCCGUAGCCUUGGACGUCUGCCUGCUGCCACGUCACAAAGUCAUCAUGGAGAAAUCUUUGGCAGAAUUAAACAAAGCUGGCUCCCGCUCAACAUCAUCACUGCCACCUGAGCCAGUGGACAUCAUUCGAAGCAAGACAUGUUUCCGCAGAGUGCGGCUGAAUGUCGGGGGCCUUCCACACGAGGUCCUGUGGCGAACGUUAGACAGGCUACCGAGGACACGCUUGGGGAAGUUAAGAGACUGCAACAACCACGAGACUCUGAUGGAGGUGUGCGACGACUACAACCUCGAGGAGAACGAGUACUUUUUUGACCGCCACCCGGGGGCGUUCACGUCCAUCCUAAACUUCUACCGCACGGGCAAGCUGCACAUGAUGGAGGAGAUGUGCGCCCUCUCGUUCAGCCAAGAGCUCGACUACUGGGGAAUCGAUGAGAUCUACCUGGAGUCCUGUUGCCAAGCGAGGUACCACCAGAAAAAGGAGCAGAUGAACGAGGAGCUGAAACGGGAGGCGGACAAUAUGAAAGACCGGGAGGGAGAAGAAUUUGACAACACGUGCUGUGCCGAGAAGCGGAAAAAACUCUGGGACCUCUUGGAAAAGCCCAGCUCGUCUGUCGCGGCAAAGAUCCUGGCCAUCAUCUCCAUCCUCUUUAUCGUGCUGUCAACGAUUGCUUUGUCUCUGAACACCCUCCCAGAGCUGCAGGGCACAGAUGAGUUCGGACAGUCCACAGACAACCCGCAACUGGCCCACGUGGAGGCUGUGUGCAUUGCCUGGUUUACCAUGGAGUACCUGCUCCGCUUUCUCUCCUCCCCCAACAAGUGGAAGUUCUUUAAGGGCCCACUGAACGUCAUCGAUCUGCUGGCCAUCCUGCCAUACUAUAUCACCAUAUUCCUGACAGAAUCCAACAAGAGUGUGCUGCAGUUUCAGAACGUCCGCCGCGUCGUUCAGAUUUUCCGCAUCAUGCGGAUCCUGCGUAUUCUGAAGCUGGCACGUCACUCCACGGGUCUUCAGUCUCUGGGCUUCACCUUGAGGAGGAGUUACAAUGAGCUGGGUUUGCUUAUCCUCUUUCUGGCUAUGGGAAUCAUGAUUUUCUCCAGCCUGGUGUUUUUCGCUGAAAAGGACGAGGAGGAUACAAAGUUUAAAAGCAUUCCAGCUUCCUUCUGGUGGGCUACUAUUACAAUGACCACUGUAGGCUAUGGAGAUAUUUACCCAAAAACUCUAUUAGGCAAGAUUGUUGGAGGGUUAUGUUGUAUAGCGGGAGUGCUGGUGAUUGCUCUGCCUAUUCCCAUUAUUGUAAAUAACUUCUCUGAAUUCUAUAAGGAGCAGAAGAGGCAGGAAAAAGCACUUAAAAGAAGAGAGGCCCUCGAGAGAGCGAAACGAAACGGCAGCAUUGUCUCAAUGAACUUGAAAGAGGCUUUUGCUCGGAGUGCAGAGCUGAUGGACGUGGUGAUCGAAAAAAGUGAGCGGCCUCAUGACAACCACCUAUCUCCAAGUCGUUGGAAAUGGACGCCGAAGAGAGCUGCGUCCGAGACGAGCUCAAAUCAUUCCUUCAAUGGCCACGAGUUAGGUUCUCCCAGCAAAGCCUGUGCUACAAGUCCCCAGAGGCUCAAUGUGCAGAAGCUAGAGGAGAUGUACAACCAGAUGGCAAAGACACAGUCACAACCUAACCUUAAUUCUAAAGACAGAGGCUCCAGAGUCAUCAAACACAGGGAUGAGAUAGAGCUAGGCGCCAUUCAGGAUCGUGGGCCACCGGUGCUAGGGACCAGAGAGGGCGUAGGGGAUAUGAAAAGCUUGUCCAGCAUUGACAGCUACAUCAGUUGUGCUACAGACUUCCAGGAGAAUACACGUUUCCCUCACAGUCCAGCAAUGGACCUCAGCCUUCAGGAGAGUAAACGACUUUCCCACUAUCCAGUUACAGCUUUGUCUCAGCAUGCCAGUGCGAAAACAGGCCAGCAAACCACUCGGGAGCUUGAGCCCAUGCUGACUCCCAUGUCUGUCACAAAGCCCUCGUGCUCAGAGAAUGCAAGGAAAUUCUUCUUCUCUGGAAACUCCUCAAAAAGCCUUAUCCCUAAAGUAGGCUGCCGCAGUGAUGGGGACUCAGGCCGGUCCCCACUGUCAGACAGCUCGGUCCUGUCAGACCACUCUCUGCUUAGUCCUGAAGUUUCUAUCUACACCACUGCCAGCAGCAGGACCCCACCAAAGUCACCAGAGAGCACCACCCUGGCUCCCAGUGUCUUCACCUUCCACGACUCCUCCAUCAACAAAUACAUCGAUGCCGACACAGACGACGACGAGCACCUCCGCGACAUCUCCGAUGCAAGUCCCUCGGAUCGUCUGUUGGCAGGAUCGAGCCCAAAACACAGCAUCAACAUCAAUUACCAAAGGGGCGCCAACCAUUUAGAAGCAGCUCAGAAAAUGCUGGGCCAGAAUUGCUUGUUCCCCCUUGAAGGGAUUCGUGGGUUAGCGCAUGAGAAUCACAUAAGUCAUGAAAUGACACACAGACCAAAGGUUGAGAGAGGGAGACAAAACACUUUGGAUAAAGGCCUCUGAGGUACGAGGAGCAGAGACUAACGGGGAGAGUGUUUGUGGUAAGGACAUUGGACGGACUAAAAACACUUCAUAGGCCCGGGACAAUGGAAGAAGGAGAAACAAGGGUCUCACCAUGACAUUUCACAAAUGACCUGAGCAUGCCGUUGGGCAAUAAGCUCCAAGCAAACACUUGUGGUGAAUACUCUGGGAGAAAAAAGAAAAACAUUUCCAAAUGGGAGAAUGUCACUGCCCCUCCUUCAGCUCAUUCCUAUUAGCAGUAUUCCACAACCACAAAACAAAAGGAGCACUCCCAUGUUGCUGACAGGUUUGUUCGGAGAUCCCAGUGGAAACAGAGUCAUCAGAGAGAGAUAGUUUUGUGGUUGACGUCGGUUUAACCCAAUUGAAUGAUGUGGUCUUAGCAACAUAGGGUGUGCCUCUAUAUUCUCUAUGGAAAAAAAAAAUCCCAGCUGCUCACUGUCCCAUUACAGAGUCCCAGUUCAUUUUGUAGUCUUGGAGACACAGGAGAGGACCUAGAGGCCUAUAAGCUACUCACUUAUGCCCUCCAUUCCCAAACCUAGCCUUAGUCAUUGACAUUUUCAGAGGUGUGUCUGUUUGUGCGUACGCAUGUAUGAGAGUGCGAAUGCCGAUGGGUGAUGUAAUGUAUACACACCCUCGAGAUUGUGCUACCUGAUUUAUUUUUAUAUAUAUAUAUAUAUCUAUAUAGUAGAUAAGAGAAUGGUCCAAUAGAGAUAUGUGGUUUGCUCGUCUGCUGUGUCAUAAUCAUGAAGAGCAAUCAGUGUCUGCAGUUAUCAGAGGCGUCAGUGCACGUCAUCUGCCGUCAUUAACGUGCUUUACUUUCCCAUUAUGUUGUCAUGUCACUGUGAGUUUGGAUGAUACUUUCUAAUCUCUACCAGUGGUUAUUGUUGUGCUUAGCAUCCCGGUAUCAUUACAACAGUUGGUAAUCUUGAAAGCACACAUUUAUGAAGCAUGCUUGCAUCCAACCAAUCAACAUACAGAAAAACACAAGUGGCU